CCCCCUUCCCCCCGCUCAACCUCGCUUCUAGAGAUUGUGGUCGAGCUCCUGUUGGCACAGCAGGAGCAGCAGCAGCAGAAACAGCAGAUCAAACUAUUCACAGAGCAGCGCAGAAUAUCGCAUCCCACAUCGAAGCAGUAACAGCGCAGAUUGAUGUCGCACGUCGUAAUAGGCGGUGGAACCGGGUUCAUCGGGCGCCGGCUAGCCAAGACACUGCUGGCCGAGGGCUAUGAGGUGACGACCAUCUCGCGGAUGCCGGGCGUGAAGCAUAUCAGCUGGCACGAGCUAGAGAAGGAAGGGCUACCUAGUGGCACGACAGCGGUGGUCAACCUGGCUGGCCAGAACGUGCUCGAUCCGACGCGCCGCUGGACGGCUGGUUUCAAACAGAAUGUAUGGAACUCGCGCAUCAACACGACGGCCGCGUGUGCCAGGGCUAUCGAGCGGGCCACGAUCAAACCGAGCGUCUUCGUCAACAUCUCGGGCGUCAGUCACUACGCCCCCGGUGCACAAAAGCACACAGAGGCGUCGCCGGUGUCGCAGUACGAUUUCAUGUCGCGCCUCUGCACGGAGUGGGAACGGGCGGCCACACUGUCCGACAACUCGAUCUGCCGGAUCGUGCGCAUCCGGAGUGGUGUCGUGCUCGGCCGGGACGGUGGUAUGAUCCGCUCCCUCAUCCUCCCGUUUUGGUUCGGGCUCGGCGGUCCGGUCGGCGACGGUCGACACGACCUGCCCUGGAUACACCUGCAGGAUCUGUGCAAUCUGAUCCGGUUCGCGAUCGAGAAGCCGGAGGUAACGGGCGUGCUGAACGGUGUCGCUCCUCAGCUCGCCACCAACGCCGACUUCACCAAGGCGUUUGCGUCCGCCCUCUUCCGGCCCGCUUUCUUCCCGAUGCCACUGUUCGCGCUAAAUCUCGUCUUCGCCGAGGAACGGGCCGUCCUUCUGACCAACGGUGCCAAGGUGGUGCCUCAGCGCGUCCUCGAGUACGGUUUCCGCUACCAGUAUCCGGAUCUGGCUGCCGCGUGCAAGGAGGUAGCACAUCUAUUCUGAAUGGAAGUGUAUCGUCCUGCCUUGCUCCAUCUCAUCACAUUCGGGCACAUAUGCACAUACACACACAUAUAUAAACUCAGCGAUCAACCGUAGACAUCGAGCUGCUACCAACCAUUCAUUCACCGCCCCGAGCACUACCGGAUUUAUUGUAAUGAUAGAAAUUAAAGCUUGGAACACUUAAUAUAUUUGGCCGUAUUCUUUUACUCACUGUAGCGCUCCUAGUGAUCGCUUUGCUAAUCUGUUGGUGUCUUUUUAAAGACUAUAAGGCUAUAAAGGGGUCUUUUCUUUUAGUGAUAAACAAAAAAUGCCAAAAACCGAACCAUGCGUUCAAAAGUUAUCGCCGAUGGAACACGAAAGGCUAAAAAAAAAGUCUGCACACUCGCUAUGAAAACUCAAUUUGACUGGAGAAAAAACCCACGUAAUACUGCAUUUUGGCAAAAAGCAGGAGACAAAUUUGACUUGAGCAAUCAAAGAAGAUAUACGAUAGGAUAGUUUUAGUUCAUUUACGCAGAUAAAAUUUCCCCUAAACUGCUCA